AUGGUCGGACUGGGUCCCAAGAAGCCGCCAUCCCGCAAGGGAACCGGCUCCAUGAUGGAUGUCCCCAAGAGCCUCCUGGCUGAGAUCAAGGCUCUGGAGGAGCAGCUGACAGUCCCUACCGACAAGCUGAAGGCUAUUACGGACCACUUCGUGAAUGAACUCGAGAAGGGUCUGAGUGUCGAGGGCGGCAGCAUUCCCAUGAACCCCACCUGGGUCAUGGCCUUCCCCGAUGGCUACGAGACAGGCACCUACCUCGCUCUGGACAUGGGUGGCACCAACCUGCGUGUUUGUGAGAUCACCCUGACCGACCAGAAGUCCGAGUUCGACAUCAUCCAGUCCAAGUACCGCAUGCCCGAGGAGCUCAAGACUGGUACCUCUGAGGAGCUGUGGGAGUACAUUGCAGACUGCCUGCAGCAGUUCAUCGAGACCCACCACGGCGGCGUCAAGCUCGAGAAGCAGCUUCCUCUGGGUUUCACAUUCUCCUACCCUGCCACCCAGAACUACAUCGACGAGGGUAUCCUCCAGCGCUGGACAAAGGGUUUCGACAUUGCUGGCGUCGAGGGCAAGAAUGUCGUUCCCAUGUUCGAGAAGGCCCUGGCUGACCGGGGAGUGCCUAUCAAGCUGUCGGCCUUGAUCAACGACACCACUGGUACACUGAUUGCUUCUGCCUACACUGAUACCAAGAUGAAGAUUGGCUGUAUCUUCGGUACUGGCUGCAAUGCCGCCUACAUGGAGAACUGUGGCUCCAUUCCCAAGCUGGCCCACAUGAACCUGCCUGCCGAUGCCCCCAUGGCCAUCAACUGCGAGUGGGGCGCCUUCGACAACGAGCACAAGGUCCUGCCUCGGACCAAGUACGACAUCAUUGUCGACAAGGACUCUCCUCGUCCCGGCCAGCAGGCCUUCGAGAAGAUGAUUGCCGGUCUCUACCUGGGCGAGAUCUUCCGUCUGAUCCUUGUUGAUCUGCACGACAACCACGAGACCCACAUCUUUGCCGGCCAGGACAUCGCAAAGCUCCGCAGGGCUUACAGCUUGGACUCGUCUUUCCUUUCUACCAUUGAGGAUGACCCGUACGAGAACCUCCAGGAGACCUUUGACCUCUUCCUUGACAAGCUGGACAUCAAGCCCAACGGCCCCGAGCUUGAGCUUGUCCGCAGGACGGCUGAGCUCAUUGGAACACGUGCUGCCCGCCUGUCCGCAUGUGGUGUCGCCGCCAUCUGCAAGAAGAAGGGCUACCAGUCCUGCCAUGUUGGCGCUGACGGCUCCGUCUUCAACAAGUACCCUCACUUCAAGGCCCGUGGCGCCCAGGCCCUCCGUGAGAUCCUCGACUGGCCCGCCAAGGCCAACAAGAACGAGGAGGACCCCAUCGAGAUCCUCGCUGCCGAAGAUGGUUCCGGUGUCGGUGCCGCCCUCAUUGCUGCGCUGACCCUGAAGCGGGUCAACCAGGGCAACCUUGCUGGUAUCCUGCACCCUGAGAACUUCACCUAG